UGUGUCUCUGAGCAUGAAGUCAUAUUUAGAUGUCAGAUAUUUCACAAUAUCCACGCCUCAGAAUAUCUGAUGUCGCUCUGAGAGAUAACGGCCUCGGAUCAUCUUCACGGUGAAGUUUUUUUCAAGCUGCAGCUGAUCGUCGGUGUGAUAAAGAGCCGAGAGGAGCUGAGGACAGAGCUGCUUCAGACCACAUGCUGAGGGGACAUGGAUCACAGAGCGCUGGUCGUGUUACUGUCUCUCUGGAGCUCAGGAUUCUGGGCUGGAGACACAGACGGUGCAGAAGUGAAACUGUCUGAUGGCGUCACGUUGGAGGAAGGAGAGAGUCGCUGUGCUGGUAGAUUGGAGAUAGAACACCAGCGACUCUCCACGCCAGAGGAGGAACUGACAGCAGUAGAUGAGACGUGCAGGCAGCUCGACUGUGGAUCUGCUGUUUCAUGGCAAAAAAGUCGAACCAGUAUGAGACAUCCUUUAUUUGUAGACAUCACAUGUUCAGAGUCCGUCAGGCUGAACGGGACCAACCGGUGUUCAGGCCGACUGGAGGUGAAGUCCGACGAGUCGUGGUCAUCGGUGUGUGAAGGGGAGUUUGACCAGCAGGUUGCAGAGGUGGUCUGCAGGGAGCUGGACUGUGGGGCUCCUUCAGUCCUCCAGGGGGCGCUCUAUGGAGAAGUGGAGGCUCCAGUGUGGAGCAGAGAGUUCCAGUGUGAAGGAAAUGAGUCUCAUCUCCUGGAGUGUCACAGAUCAACCUGCUCAUCCGGCCGAGCACUUGGACUCACCUGCUCAGACCAUGAUGAUGUCAGGCUGGUGGGAGGAGCCAGCCACUGCUCUGGUGACUUGCAGAUGAAACAUCAUGGAGUCUGGAGAGGACUCGAUUCCAUAAACUGGAACGUGAAGACACCAAAUAUAAUAUGUCUUCAUCUGGACUGUGGCUCCUCAGUUUCACCACGAAUGACAAAAUAUUCUUCACUACGUCCUGUGUGGAGGAUCGACUCGUCCUGUGUCCUGUCCACAGAUCAACUGACAGAAUGUUUGAGAACAGAUUCUACAUUGAGCCUUUACAGCUGGUUCAUCACCUGCUCAGAGUCCGUCAGGCUGAACGGGACCAACCGGUGUUCAGGCCGACUGGAGGUGAAGUCCGACGAGUCGUGGUCAUCGGUGUGUGAAGGGGAGUUUGACCAGCAGGUUGCAGAGGUGGUCUGCAGGGAGCUGGACUGUGGGGCUCCUUCAGUCCUCCAGGGGGCGCUCUAUGGAGAAGUGGAGGCUCCAGUGUGGAGCAGAGAGUUCCAGUGUGAAGGAAAUGAGUCUCAUCUCCUGGAGUGUCACAGAUCAACCUGCUCAUCCGGCCGAGCACUUGGACUCACCUGCUCAGGUCCACGCAGAUUCAGGUUGGUGGGAGGAGCCAGUCGCUGCGCUGGUGAACUGGAGAUGAACCACCAGAGAGAGUGGAGACCAGUGACUGUCGGGGUUGGAUGGAACCAGAUAUCAGCAGAUAAAGUUUGCACACAUCUGGAUUGUGGAUCUGCUGUUUCAACAAAAGUUACAGAUAAUUCUCCAUUCAGACGUGUGUGGUGGAUCGAUAACGACUGUGUCCAGUCCGAAUCUGAACUCAGGGAAUGUGUGAAGCUGACUGAUCUUUAUAAAACCAAGGAUGGCCUUGAAGUGAUCUGCUCAGGUUUGCUGGUUCAGCCAAACGUCUCCGUCUCGCCCAUUGUUGGGGUCUCCGGGGCCGAGCAGCAGGGGUAUCAUGUGCUCCUGGGCUCCAGCUUCACCGUCACGUGUUCUACUGAACCACAGUACCAAGGAGGCUCCUUCCACCUUCUCUUCACCACCUCCGACACGGCACACAACUACACCCUG